AUGACACAAAGCCGCCCAUAUUUUAACUAUGAUAUACAUCCAGGAAGAUAUACUUGCAUUUCGACAUUUCGUCGAACUCCUCUCUCAGCAGAGGAAUAUCUCGAUGUUAUUGCUGGUGAUAUUCUAGUGGUUGAAUGUCGACCACAAAAUGCUACGGCACCGACCUCUUUUUUAUAUGGACUUAAUGAAACAACAAAACAUAAAGGAUAUUUUCCGGCAUAUUGUAUAGAUGUACGUGAAUUCGGAUCACUUCAACUAAGAAGCAAAAGCACCGAUCGAAUUGCUUCUUCCCACAUUUUUCCAAAUUCACAGCUUAUAAAAGCUACAAAUGUUGAUCCACAAAGCUUACUACAACCAGUUAUACCUCCAAGGUGUAAACGUCUACUCAAUGUAUCUUCCUCAUCCUCGUUACUCAGUAUACCAUUUAAUUCAUAUUCUCAUUCAUGUACAAAUCUGUCGAUUCCUUCCCAAGAUACUUUACCUCAUGAAGUUCAAAAGUGUAAUGUAUCCGUACCAACCUUAUCCUACCGUUGUCAUCAAUUUGUUAAUGUUUCUAUCAGUUACCCGCUAAUAUGUAAUCUAUGUAAUGAUUAUAUAGUGACACCACGGUGUAAUGCUAAUAGAUGCUUUGCUUGCAAGUCUGUAUUUCAUCUUGUUUGUGCUGAAUACUCUAAAAGAUUUGAAGUAUUCACGUGUCAGCCUCCAGUAAAUGACAAUUCGACAAUUAAAUCAGAGAAAUUGACUUGUUCAUCAACAUGUAAUGCUUUCUCAUUGUUAUCGUCUUCUAUUUCAACAACUGAACAGCCACUGGCUUCUUGGAAUUGUAAUCAAGUAGCCCAUUGGUUAGCUGUUGUUGGCCUUGGUCGAUUUGUUCGAUUAUUCAUCAAAUUGAAUUUAGAUGGUAAUUUCCUUUCAGAAGUUACUUAUGAUUCACCUCAUUUGUGUAGAGUAGCUGACCCAUUUGCUCGUGAAACAUUAGAAAGAGCAAUAUUGACUUUACAAGGUAAAGAACCUACUCCUGGAGAAAAUCUGGACAUAUUCGCGAAUUUGGAUAUCGAUAGAAAAUUUCCAGGAAAAAGUAGCGAUUCUCGGCAGCACGAUUUCCAGCUCACCUCUUUUUACAGAAUAGUCUCCUGUAUAGUGUGCAAUAUUCCUUUAUUAGGCUUCAGUCAUCAGGGAUUCCAGUGUAAAAAGUGUGGAGCUAUUUGUCAUCGUAUCUGUAAAGCUUUAGAGUAUUUUUCAAAUUGUCCUGGAGUAUUUUGUGCGACUAAAGAAUUUAAUCCCGAAAAGCCGGGCGCUGGCUGUGAAACGAAUGAAAUUCCCACUUCAUUGGUUCCGUAUGUUAGUGAAUACUUUGGUGUUAAAUUGGAAGAACAAAAAUUAGAUUCUAAUUCAAAAGUCCCUGUAUUCUUAACUACAUGUACUGAACAAAUAGAAAAACUAGCUUCUGAAAGCUUUAUUACUGCCAGUAAUAAUCCGUGUAUUCAACCUGUUGACUUGGCUAUGGUUUAUCAACAGUCAGCUUUAACGCAUACUCUACAAGAACUUCAUGAUACAUUUGCUCAUUGUUUACCAUUACCUGGUAUAGAACAGUCAUCUACCCAUCCGUUGGACAUUGUACGUUUUGCCCAAUUAAUGAAAGCUUUUCUUCGUGAUUUACCAGUGAAUGUGAUACCUGAAGAGUACUAUUUAGAUUUUUGCAGUUUAGCAAAUAUAAGAAAUAUAGAUGAAAAGGAAAAAGCUGUUCAUGCAUUUCUUCAAAGUCUUCCUGAACUUCAUCGGUUGUGUUUGAUUCAUAUUUUUAACCAUUUAGUCUUCGUGCUGAAUCAUCAAAAUAAGUUAAGGUCUUAUUUGUCAGAUUCAUCGUCUGUCAAUCUGAACCGGUCGAAUUCAUUUUCCAGUAUAAAUGUAUUGAAUAAAGCUACUCCUUGGUUGAUGGUUUUUCGACAAAUCCUUGUUCGACCACCAUGGCAUCUUAUCACCGACAUAGCUAUGGGUAUGGAUACACAUAUGCGUGCUUUAGAGGCUCUCUUUUCAUCUUUUGUUGAUCUUUCCACUGAGGAAUUAGAAUGUACAUCCCAAACUAAAAAUUCCGAAGCACAAUCUGAUGUAUCAGAUUCAAAUCUUCAGAGAAAUUAUGUAUCUUUUUCGCAAUUUGAACGUAUUUCCAGAUAUCAGGGUGAAAAACAUACAUCUUCAGAAUCCGUCUCACUAUAUCCUACUAAUGAAGUUGCACCAACUAUUAAUACUCCACCUAGUCCUACUUCAAUUGCUGCUAAUAAAAAAGAUUUAAAGAAUCAAGAAUGGUAUUGGGGUGAUAUAACUCAAGAAGAGGUACGUGAACUGAUGACAGAUCUUCAAGAUGGAUAUUUCCUUGUUCGUGAUGCUUCUGGGAGUUCAUCUGCUGCAUUCACUUUGGUAGUCAGAUGGCGUGGUUUAAAUAAGUUGAAUCGAAUAUAUCAUCGUGGUGAUUAUUUCGGGUUCACUGAUCCCCCAUAUCCAAGUUGUCGUUUAGUUUCUGAACUUGUUGAAUUUUGUCGUGUUCAUCCACUAACUUUGACUAGUUGUAGCAAUCUACGAUUAAUUUGGCCUGUAUCGCGUCGUCAUAAACGUUUUCAUGGCAAAACUGAUAUCUCAUUCGAUAAUACUGUAUCUAAUGAGAAUAGGAGCGAUGCAGAUGGAGUGUUUGCCUGCUUCCUAACUGAGUCACAAUUGAACAGUGAAUUGAAAAGUAAAGCUGCUGAAAUUAAUCAGUUGGAUAAAGUUAUUACUGAUUUACAGUUACAGUCAAAAAAUGCAAUUGAUUUGAAAGAGGAAGGUGUUCGUCUUAUAAAGGGUUAUCAAAAGAUACGUAAUUGGUUACAAACCUCAUUGAGUCAGUUAGAUGAUUAUUCAUAUCCUAGUGAAAAGUUAAAGAUCUCACCUCAAAUUGAAACACUAAAAAGAGAAAUAGAUGAAAUUGAAAGACAAAUCCAAAUUAACAAGGAAGAGGUUAAUAAUCAAUCCAAAAAAGCUCGAAUAAUAUGUGAAAAUUAUGCUAAUGCAAUUUUUCGUCAGCGUAAAGUAAGAAGACAGGCCCACGAGAUUCGACGAGCAUUAAAAGACCGAGGAUUUAAAGAAGAGUCUUUAUCUUCUUCGAGUUCUUCAUUAUGUGAUGAUUCCAUUUCUUCAGCGAAACAGUCAAUCGAUAGCCAGAGUAAUAUUGUACCGGGAAAUUCUACAAGUUCUCAUGAUGAUAUCUAUUUACCGGAGGAGAUACGUGAUCGCCGAUAUUGGUUCCUCACAGAUGCUACUAGAGAAAAGGUAGAGGAGUUAUUGAGGGAUAGACCUGCUGGGACUUUUGUUGUCAGACCUUCUGCUACUAGUGAUAAAUUGGCGUUGGGUAUACGGUUAGCAACAUCUGUUCAACAUUGUUUAAUUCAUUGUGUAAAUGGAAAAUAUGGAUUUGUUGAAAAUUCUUGUACAUUUGAAUCAUUGGAAGCUUUGAUCUGUUACUAUCAUGUGGAGAAUUUAAAGCGAUACAAUAAUCUACUCAACAUAACUUUAAAGUAUCCAAUUAAGUUGCAAUUGGAUGACUGA